CGCCCUCGGGCUCCAGCGGAGGAUCAGUAUAAGGGUCCGCUCCGCCCUCAGUGUCCGGCUCCGCCCGGGUGUCGCUGAAGGAAUCGACUCCGCCCCCGGGCUGCCCCCAAGAGUCGUUAGAAGGGUCCGCCCCGCCUUUGGCCGUCCGCACUCCUAUACUCACGGCCGGGGAGAGUCUCAACCAGAGCAUGGCGAGUCCGGAGAAGGCGAGUGUCGCGAGCCAGAUGUUCGACGUAGUUGUGAUAGGAGGCGGCAUUUCAGGAUUGUCUGCUGCCAAACUCUUAAAUGAACAUGAAGUUAAUGUUUUGGUUUUGGAAGCCCGGGACAGAGUUGGAGGAAGAACUUACACCGUGAGGAAUGAACAUGUUGAUUACGUAGAUGUUGGUGGGGCGUAUGUGGGACCAACCCAGAAUAGAAUCUUACGAUUGUCUAAGGAGCUGGGUCUGGAGACUUACAAAGUGAACGUAAAUGAACGUCUUGUUCAGUAUAUCAAGGGGAAAACUUAUCCAUUUCGGGGUGCCUUUCCUCCAGUAUGGAAUCCCAUUGCAUAUCUGGAUUAUAACAAUCUGUGGCGGACAAUGGAUAACAUGGGGAAGGAGAUUCCAGCUGAUGCACCAUGGGAGGCCCCACAUGCAGAGGAAUGGGAUAAGAUGACCAUGAAAGAUCUCAUUGAUAAAAUCUGCUGGACAGCGACUGCCAGGCAGUUCGCAUCUCUCUUUGUGAAUAUUAAUGUGACCUCCGAGCCCCACGAGGUAUCAGCCCUGUGGUUCUUGUGGUACGUGAAGCAGUGCGGAGGCACCACUCGGAUAUUCUCAGUUACCAACGGGGGCCAGGAACGGAAGUUUGUAGGUGGAUCUGGUCAAGUGAGUGAACGGAUAAUGGAUCUCCUUGGAGACAGAGUGAAGCUGAGGCGUCCUGUAACCUAUGUUGACCAGUCAGGUGAUAACAUCAUCAUAGAGACAUUGAAUCAUGAACUUUAUGAGUGCAGAUACCUAAUUUGUGCCAUCCCUCCAACUUUGACUGCCAAGAUACACUUCAGACCAGAGCUUCCAUCGGAGAAAAACCAGUUGAUCCAGCGUCUUCCAAUGGGGGCUAUCAUUAAGUGCAUGAUGUAUUACAAGGAGGCCUUCUGGAAGAAGAAGGAUUACUGCGGCUGUAUGAUCAUUGAAGAUGAGGAAGCUCCAAUUUCAAUAACCUUGGAUGACACCAAGCCAGAUGGAUCACUGCCCGCCAUCAUGGGCUUCAUCCUUGCCCGAAAAGCUGACCGCCUUGCUAAGCUUCAUAAAGAAAUAAGGAAGAGGAAAAUCUGUGAGCUUUACGCCAAAGUUCUAGGAUCCCAGGAAGCUUUACGUCCAGUGCACUAUGAAGAGAAGAACUGGUGUGAGGAACAGUAUUCUGGAGGCUGCUACACCGCCUACUUCCCCCCAGGGAUCAUGACUCAAUAUGGAAGGGUGAUCCGUCAGCCCAUGGGCAGGAUUUACUUUGCUGGCACAGAGACUGCCACACACUGGAGCGGUUACAUGGAAGGAGCAGUAGAGGCCGGAGAACGAGCAGCUGUAGAAGUCUUGACUUCUUUGGGGAAGGUGGCCAAGAAAGACAUAAGGGUUCAAGAACCUGAAUCAGAGGAUGUCCCAGCUGUAGAAAUCAACCACACCUUCUGGGAGAGAAACCUGCCUUCGGUGGCAGGCCUCUUGAAGAUUAUCGGCUUUUCCACAUCAAUAACUGCCCUCUGGUUUGUGGUGUACAGAUCCAGGCUGUUGUCACGAUUCUGAAAUUUCAGCAUCAUACUUUCUGCUUCUUCCUUUUCAACACCAUCAAAAACAAAAUGUUGACAGAUUAAAGGCUGUGUCAUGGGACCAUCUUUAAGUGCACUUGAUUUAAUUCCUCACUUUAGUCCCAGUCCAUGUUAAAGUAAGAACCCAAAGAAUCACCUCAUUCAUUUCAGUAAGAUCAAGCCCCAUCUUGUUGUCUGUAGACUAACUUGUGUUGAUUGUUAGAAUAAAACCUUGUGGCUGAUUUCUUCA